GGUCUGGGAUGCUCUCACCGAUGGCUUCGCCCCCCGGAGCUCCCCCCGGCCCUGGCUGCUUCCCGGGCCUGAGGCCCCCGACGGCACCGACCCCCAGCUCUGCGAGAAGGAGGAGGAGGAGGAGCUCACUGAGAGGAGUGAGCAAGACUCGGGCAUCAAUGAGGAGCCACUGCUGACAGCUGAGCAGGUCAUCGAGGAGCUGGAGGAGCUGAUGCAGAGUUCGCCCGACCCUGAGGCCGACCCUGAGGUUGAUGAGGACGAGGAAGAGGAGGAGGAGGAGGAGGAAACUGAGGCUGAUGCUGAAGGCGAAGGCGGUGGCGGGGGCACGGAGCCCAUCCUUCUGCGUGAGCUGCGUGCUUUCUCCCCUGCCUUCAACAACAACUGCUCCCAUGAAGGGCUGGGGCGGCUCUCGGCGCGGGAGCUG